ACCAGACUUAAUUUGAACCCAUCGACCAAAGUAUAAUUAGUUUUUUAAGAGAUCGCCCGAUCGAUACAAAGAAAAAAACGUACAUUUUAAUUUGUUCUCAUUAAUAAGAAUAACAGAAAGAUAGAAUGGAGAAAGUCAUCAGAGGAGGAGGAGGGAGGAGGGCUGGCAUUAAGUCCAUAAUAUUUUUCUUCACAGUUUUGCUAUUGCUUCUUUUGGAUUCUCUUAUGUUGUUGGCUCAUCGCAUUGUCUUGUCCACACAACAAUCUUCGCAGGAAAAGAAAAGUCUUCAUCUGCACGAAAAAGAUGAAAUUGGCUCAAUUACGAUGAAUGAUCGACUUUUAAACCUGGCUUCCAGUUCUCUAGCACAGAAAGACUUUAAGCAAGAUGGGAUGAAUCAAAUAUGGGAAGAACCAUACUCUCAUGAAGCCUCCAAAUGGAAACCUUGCGCAUACGUACAAAGCACAAAAGAUCUCGGACCGCUGAAACACAACAAAACCGGUUACAUAUUGGUCAGCGCAAAUGGAGGCUUAAAUCAACAAAGAGUUGCGGUGUGCAACGCUGUGGCGGUAGCAUCUUUACUUAACGCCACAUUGGUCAUACCCAAAUUUCUUUACAGCAAUGUUUGGAAAGACAGCAGCCAGUUUGAGGACAUAUAUCAAGAGGAGCAUUUCGUGCAAACACUCAAACACGACAUAAAUAUCAUAAAACAUCUCCCUCUUCACCUCAAACUACUUGAUUUGGAAACAGCCAAAAGUGUAAUAACUGAUGCAGAUAUAUCCAAGGAAGCAGCAGCAGAUGAGUACUUGAAGACCGUACUGCCACUGCUCCAACGCAACGGAGUUGUUCAUUUUCUUGGAUUUGGAAAUAGGCUUGCUUUUCACUCUCUGCCCUCCCAAUUGCAGAGACUGAGGUGCAAAUGUAACUUCCAUGCCCUAAAGUUUGUACAUAAAAUUCAAGAAGCUGCAUCUCUGCUGGUGACGCGAAUAAGAAAACACAGUGGCAGUAAGGGCAUUCUAGACAAGCAACUAUUGGGAGAAGUUAUAGUUAAUGAGCACCCCGGGAAUGAGCUUACAAAUACCAAGUACUUGGCUUUGCAUUUGAGGUUCGAAAUCGACAUGUUGGCUUACUCAAUGUGUGAAUUUGGCGGUGGUGAAAGUGAAACCAGGGAGCUCAAAUCUUAUAGAGAAGCCCAUUUUCCUCUGCUUCUUCAAAGACUAAAGAAAUUAAGGGCCAUUUCCCCCAAGGAGCUAAGAAGUAGGGGAAGAUGUCCACUGACACCAGAAGAAGCGGCGCUUGUUCUUGCUAGCCUUGGUUUCAAGGGUGAAACUUACAUAUAUCUUGCUGGUUCAAAUAUUUACGGAGGCGAAUCUAGAAUGAAGCCUUUAACCAGCCUGUACCCCAAUCUAGUCACAAAAGAGAAUCUUUUAUCACCUAGCGAACUUGCUCCUUUUCAAAACCAUUCUUCUCAGCUUGCAGCAUUGGAUUUCAUCGCAUGUGCAACUGCCGACGUAUUCGCCAUAACAGAUUCAGGAAGCCAGUUUUCAUCUCUCG